AACGACUUUGGCUCCGACCUCUGGGUCCGCGACUCCCACACCCAAACCCGCCGCCCUACAUCCGGCCGCGGCCUCUUCGCCGGCCUGCAAGACGUAAAACACUACAAUGUGGAAAAUGGGUGGGCCAAGAGGAAUGUUAGGGAUGAGAAUCGCGGGAUUUUGGGAUUUUUGGGGAGGUGGUGGGGUGGGUAUACGCCGCCGAGGGAGUGAUCGUCUUUGGUUUACUCCGGAGUAAUAUU